AACUUUAUUUGUAAAGAAAAGGCAAUGUCUAAAUGCAUUUUCAUUUAAUUCUUUGUACUAUUAAUUACGCUUCAAACUCAGUUGUUGCUCACAUGUUUGUGGAAGAAAUUGGCACGCCACAGCUGCCACUGUUUUGCUACUGACCUCCAAGAACGAAACGGAUCGAUAAGUGGAUCAAAUAGAUCGACCACCGACUGGCUUUCUACAGUAAAUGGGACCGAACAAUACAAGGAGAAUUCAUUUUACAUACAUAGGAACCGGUCUCUCGUUGUCAGCUGGAUUGCAGAAAGGGACACAACAAAAUGGACCUGGUUAGGACUGGACUGGCUCUGCAGCUCCUCCUGUGCUGUGCAUUGUCUCUCUCCCAUCAUCACUUUGACCACAUCCUAUCUGCUCCUUCUGUCUUCAGAAUGCUGGUGGAGCCAAUGAGGUUCGAGCCCUGCUGUCUGAUGUCUCCUCCACCCCCACCACUUUUCCCUCCUCCUCCUCAGCUCUGGAAACGAGGUAGUCCGGGUGACAUUGGGAUAGUAAAGGGAGGAGGAGAGGAGGAGAAGAAGUAUAGACAGCUUGGUCCAUCUGGCUGUGAGGCUGGGCCCCCAGGGCCCCCAGGGCCUGAGGGUCAUAGCGGGAUGCCAGGCAUCAGAGGACCAAAGGGAGACAAGGGAGAAAUUGGACGGCCAGGGUCAAAGGGACGGACUGGACCCCCUGGGUUGCCUGGGAGACAGGGGUCACCUGGAUGGCCUGGUCCAGAGGGGCCCAAAGGAGAGAAGGGAGAUUCGGGACUCAUGGGUCUGCCAGGGUUGAGGGGACUCCCAGGGACAAAGGGUUUGCCUGGCAGCAAAGGAGAGAAGGGUUCCCAUGGUGACCGAGGACCGGCGGGACCGAAGGGGGAUAAGGGCUCCAUGGGUUUGCCUGGGAUGCUGGGACAGAAGGGGGAGAUGGGACCAAAUGGGGAGCAGGGAACUCCAGGGAGGAGGGGUCCAACUGGGCGACCUGGGAAGAGAGGAAAACAGGGUAACAAGGGUCACGCUGGAGCUCCAGGUGCCAUGGGUCCUACUGGACCAUCUGGGCCCAACGGCCACCCUGGACCCCCUGGUCCUCCUGCCUCAGGUCUCUAUGUGGUGGGGGAGAAAGGUGAGAAGGGCCUUCCAGGACCUGCAGGUGCCUGUGACUGCAAUUCCCCACAAGGAGGGAACGACGCCCCCUACGGCAGCUACACACAACGAGCCAACCAUGACAAAGUCCCCGCAAUAUUUGUGGUGGACAACGAGGAGGAGCUGGACCGUUUACACACAGACAAUGCUAUCGCCUUCAGGAAAGACCAGAGGUCUCUCUACUUCAAAGACACUGAUGGCUGGAAGCCCAUACAGCCCUUCCAGUCAUUCCAGUCCACAGAGAAGGUGCCCGACAGGGUGGGUGUGUGUGGAGAUGGGAAGGUGCAAGGUCAGAAUGGAGAGGAGUGUGACGAUGGCAACAAGAUCGUCACAGAUGCUUGUCUGAACUGUAAGUGGGCCUACUGUGGGGAUGGAUACAGACAUGAGGGCAUGGAGGAGUGUGAUGGGAAGGACUUUGGCUUCCAAAGCUGUAAAUCCUACCUGCCUGGGUCCUUUGGGCAACUCAGGUGCACUGACUCCUGCUCCAUUGACUCCACUGGUUGCAAGUACUUCACCUGAACCAAAGAAGAGUUGGCUACUGCUGCCUGUGAUCCUAAUGACGGUUUAGUGGUUUAGAUCCCUGCUAAGCACCGAGGCAUGUCCCAAUCAGAUGACUCGCUGGAAAAAAAAUACGUACAAGGACAAACUUGUCUUCUCAAGUUUUUGGGAGUCAUUUAUGAAAUAGCAGACCAUCUUAUCCAGUCUGAAUAACUGCAUUGACUUAACAAAGGAGGUGUUUUGGUCAAGCUGAUAUAUACACUAUAUGAUGGCAUCCUUGACUACAGCACUGUUAGAGAUGAACAGGGGCCAUGAGAACAAUGUGUGUAAACUAUGAUUGUACAAUGUAAUGUAAAAGCUAUAAUUGCUGACUUAUUGACUGUUAACUCACUGUGGAAGGAAAUCUAUCAUCCUUUUUACAAAGUGAUGGAGACUUUAAGAGAAUGUAUUUGCAGAACUGAAUGGGGUAUUUAUACAGAUUAGGGGUCUGUACAUAGUUGUAUUAGGUAUCAAUUAGUAUGUAAUGAUAUAUUUGAUGCAAUAUUAUGUGUGCUGACAGUGCUACUGCAUGCUUGUGAAUGUGUAUGCCCUAUAGGUUUAGAUCAGCUUUGGAUUGUGUGCAAUAUUUCUGCACUUUGCAGUGUAUGAAUCGUGAAAAGACUGUUAAAAUUUGUGACUGCAACUACUGUUUAUCUUUUUAGAACUGCAUAUCAGUGUUACACCAGCAUGAUAGGAAUCAAUCUGUCUGUUUAUAUAUAUUACAAUAAAACGGAGU